AAAAAAAUUUUCCGAAGUUGAGGCCGAGAACAACGAACUUAAAGCUGAGAACGUAAAAUUAGAACAAGCUUUGGAAGAACAUGAAUCCAGAUUUAUAAAACUGGAGCAGAACAAUAAAGAUACCGAUUCUGAAAACGCCGAACUUAAAGCUAGGGUUGCGAAAUUGGAACAGAAGCAAUCGCAAUCUGGCAACUCUAUCACUAAAUUGGGUGAUAUACCAAGCACCUCCAACAAAAUGGAAAAUUCUGACUCACGGAGUGAGGUUGCUAUCGCAUCUGAACCCAGUAGCCGGAGGUUAGCUCACGCUAAUGCUUCGGCAUCUGAUAUAUCAGACAAUAUUUCAAAUCCUGAUAUAUGUCAUGAGUCCCCAUCCCGAUAUCUCGCAUCACCUAUUCGCACAGAGACU